AUGAAGUUGGAAUCAGUGCUGCUGGCUUUUAUUUGUUUCUCUAACUGGACCUUUCAGCAUGUCAUCGCUGACCCUAUGAGCUCAGAGGAACACUCUAAUGUUGAGGAUGCUCAUCUAAAAACUCAAGAUGUUCUGGACAUGAACACCCGAUCACGCAGGGAUGCACCAGACAUGCAGAUGGAAACAAACUGGAAUGUACCUGUUGUAACUAAGGACACCUAUGAGGAUGCUGACUGGCAUCCUUCGACAUCAGUCUUGGAAGCACACUUUGACCAAACCCCUGACAGCCCUGAGGUGACACACAACAACAACAUUGGCACCGAUAACCAUGGCCCCAGCCAAACUUUAAACCAAACCAUUGGCGCUUCAGCAACGCAGUGUGGAGAGUACAGCAGCCAGCUGACCCCCAACGGUCGGUGCCGACUGAUGGCAAAGCUGCCUCCCGUGGGAACAACAGAGAAACGUUGCCCUGACAUGUUCCGUUGCACAGACGACAUCUCUUUUUGGCUUCAUGAGAAUCAGAACAGAAAGGAGCAGCUGAAGGAGCUGAGGGAGACGGUGUCGGAGCUGCAGGAGGAGCUGAGGAACCACCGGCAUCGAGUCAAGGCCCUGGAGCUGCAGGUUGAAGACAAUGUUAGAAUAAACUCGACUCUCAAAGAGCGCUUGCAGUUUUUGGAGCUGCGCUACAUCGAGACGGACACUCUGCUUCAGGUGCACGGAGCUCUGCUGUACGAACUGCAGGCACAGCUCCGCAACCUGUCGGCCUCCGUGCAGCACAUGACCCAAAACACGGGCUGCACCAUCAACGUCAUCAGAGCUCCGCCGCCUCUCAGCAUGAGAGACGCACUGCCACCAGGUGGACACCAUGCGUCCUACUGUCCAUCAGACUGUGCGUCCCUGUAUCACAGCGGCGUCCGUCGUUCUGGUGUUUACACCAUCGUCAUGUCACCUACCAUCACCUUCCCCGUGUACUGCGACAUGGAGACAGACGGUGGGGGCUGGACGAUAUUUCAGCGGCGGCGUGACGGUUCGGUGAGCUUUAAUCAAGGUUGGUCUGAAUAUCGAAAUGGCUUUGGCGAGCCUGACGGAGAACACUGGUUGGGCAACCAGCACCUGUACCUGCUGUCCAGUCAGGACCACUACAGCCUCCGAAUCGACAUGCAGGACUGGAGCCACGCCCACAAACACGCCCUGUACAGGUCCUUCAGGAUAGAUGGCGAGGAGAACCAGUAUCGCCUCCAUGUGUCUGGUUUCAGGGGGUCACUGGAGGAUUCGUUCGGUUGGUAUCACGACCAGCACGGUUUCAGCACGCCAGACACGGGAAACAUCUGUGCUGAGAUCAGCCACUCCGGCUGGUGGUUCCACCAGUGCUUCUACACCAACCUUAAUGGAGUUUACUACAAGGGCGGCCGUUAUUCUCUGAAGGCAAACAACUUGUUGGGGCCGGACGGCAUCGUUUGGUUCUCAUGGAAAGACUCUGACUUUUACUCUCUGAAGACCGUCACCAUGAUGAUUCGACCACGCAGCUUCCGACCACCUUCAUCGUUACGUCUGUCGCCAUAG